AUGGGGGACAGACAUGGCAACCCCAAGAAGAUCGAGAACUUUGCCGGUGUCGUCAACACCUUCACCUCCCACUUUGGCAAGGAUGACGACCAGACCACUGUGACCGAGCAGGAGAGGAGGAAGAGACGAGAAGCGGCGACAGACGUUGCUGAAUCAUACUACAAUUUCGCCUCUGCAGCAUACGAAAGCGGCUGGUCCACCCAUUUCCACUACGCCCCCUUCCCGCCCUCUUUCCCUCCGUGCGACAGCACCAUCGCCAUAGCGCUGGCCUUUUACGAGCACCGCCUCGCCCUGGUCAUGGGCCUGAAGCCGCACAUGAAAGUCCUCGACGUGGGCUGCGGCAUCGGCGGGCCCGCGCGCGAGAUUGCAAAGUUUGUGGGCUGCGAGAUCGUGGGCGUGUGCAUCAACCAGACCCAGAUCGAUCGCGCCGUCUACUUGACGAGGAUGGAGGGUUUGCAGGACAAGUGUACCUUUGUGAGGGCAGAUUUCCUGGACCUCCCCUUCGCCCCCGCGUCCUUUGACGCCGCCUACGCCAUCGAGGCGACAGUCCACUCCCCCUCCCUCUUGCAGGUGUACAGCGGCGUCGCGCGCGUGCUCAAGCCCGGCGCCAUAUUCGGUCUCUCGGAAUGGGUCAUGACGCCGAAAUACGACCCGACGGACCAAAGGCACGUGGGGAUGCGGAACCGGGUGGAGAGAGGCAACGGCGUGAGCAACCUGCGCACGAGCGACGAGGCGCGCGAGGCGAUGAAGGGGGCCGGAUUCGAGAUCCUCCACGAAGAGGAUUUUGCGGCGCGUUUUGACUAUGCGAAGAGUCUGGUGGAGGAUUCUGCGUCCGCUUCCGCCACCGCGAAGACGAAGACGAAGACGAAGACACAGAGAGGGGUGGUUAGAAAGAAUCGGGGCAAUGACAUCGACAUUGAAGGACACGAGAGCACCAGCCCACAGGACCACACCCUUCCCUCUCCCACCCCUGCUCCUCCUCCUCCUCCACCAUCUUCUGACCAAACCCCUCAAAGCUCUGUCCUCAUACCUUUCAAAUCCUCACUCUCUCCUGACGAUGGUAUCUCCCUCCUUCUUCCCGCCCCACCCACGACGACGCCCCUCCCCGAUUCCCUCCCGAUCCCUCCCACGACCUUCCGCCCAUGGUACUGGCCGCUCGAGGGCGCGACGCACCUCGCCACCACCUGGACGGACUACUGGACGGCGUGGAAGAUGUCGACGUGGCCGCGGCGCCUGUGCUUCUGGACGAUUUGGGUCGGCGAGCGCGUCGGCCUGUGGGAUCGGGGCGUCACGGACGCGAUGACCACGUUGGCGUACUGCGUCGACAGUACCGCCGAGGCCGGCCGCGAGGGGAUCUUCAGUCCCUGUUGGUGGUUCGUCGGGCGGAAGGUGGGGGGUCAUCAUUAUGAUGAGGAUUAUGAUGAUGACGACGACGGAGAGGCCGAGAAUGCGGAUCGAGAUGGACGCGGACAGGGACAGGGCUACGAGAGAGUCAACGCCAAUGGCGACGGAGAUGGAGAUGGUGGCGGUAGCGGGAAGGCGAGGGAGGAUUUGAGUGUCCUUAUGUAUUGA